AUGGGGUGGAAAAUACUUCCCAUCUGCUUGUCGAUGCUGCUUCCUGUUUUCCUGAUUCAACAAGUUUCAUCUCAAGAUAUAUCAAGCUGUGCAGGGAGAUGUGGGGAAGGGUAUUCUAGAGACGCCACCUGCAACUGUGAUUAUAACUGCCAACACUACAUGGAGUGCUGUCCUGAUUUCAAGAGAGUCUGCACUACAGAGCUCUCCUGCAAAGGACGCUGCUUCGAGUCCUUCGCACGAGGGAGGGAGUGUGACUGUGACUCCCAGUGUAAACAGUACGGCAAAUGCUGUGCAGACUACGACAGCUUCUGCGAAGAAGUGCAUAAUCCCACAUCACCACCUCCAAAGACUGCACCCCCGCCUCCAGGAGCGUCUCGCACCAUCAAAUCAACCACCAAACGUUCACCCAAAUCACCAAAAAAGAAGACUAAGAAAGUUGUAGAGUCUGAGGAAAUAACAGAAGAACAUUCUGUUUCUGAAAAUCAAGAGUCCUCCUCCUCCUCCUCUUCCUCCUCUUCAACUAUUCGGAAAAUCAAGUCUUCCAAAAAUUCAGCUAAUAGAGAAUUACAGAAGAACCCAAAAGUAAAAGAUAACAAGAAAAACACCCCGAAAAAGAAACCUAAUCCAGAACCACCAGUCCUGGAUGAAGCUGGAAGUGGUCUGGACAAUGGUGAGCCCAAGCUUACCCCACCUCCUGACCCUCCUACUCCACACAACAAAGUCACCGCAUCUCCCAAGACUACAGCGGCAAAACCAGUAACUCCUAAACCCAGUCUUGCACCUAAUUCUGAGACGUCCAAAGAGGCAUCUUCAACUUCCAAUAAAGAGACAACAGUUGAAACAAAGGAGACCACUGAAACAAAUAAACAGUCUUCCGCCAGUAAAACAGAGAAGACUACUUCAGCUAAAGAGACACGGAGUGCAGAGAAAACAUCUGCUAAAGACGUUGAACCCACAUCCACAACUCCCAAGAACUCAGCUCCCACUACUACCAAGAAGCCUGUAACUACAACCAAGGAACCUGUUCCUACCACUACCAAGGGGCCUGAACCCACCUCCAAGGAGCCAGCUCCCACCACCCCUAAGGAGCCUGAACCCACCACUCCCAAAGAACCAGCUCCCACCACCAAGAAGCCUGAACCUACCACACCUAAGGAGCCAGCUCCCACCACCCCCAAGAAGCCAGCUCUAACCCCUAAGGAGCCCACCCCCAAGGAGCCAGCUCCCACCACCCCCAAGGAGCCAGCUCCCACCACCCCUAAGGAGCCAGCUCCUACCACCCCUAAGGAGCCAGCUCCCACCACCAAGGAGCCAGCUCCUACCACCCCCAAGGAGCCAGCUCCCACCACCCCUAAGGAGCCAGCUCCCACCACCCCUAAGGAGCCAGCUCCCACCACCCCCAAGGAGCCAGCUCCUACCACCCCCAAGGAGCCUGAACCCACCACCCCCAGGCCAGCUCCUGCCACCCCUAAGGAGCCAGCUCCACCACCCCAAGGAGCCAGCUCCACCACCCCUAAGGAGCCAGCUCCCACUACCCCUAAGGAGCCAGCUCCCACUACCCCUAAGGAGCCAGCUCCUACCACCCCUAAGGAGCCAGCUCCCACCACCCCCCACCACCCCCAAGGAGCCAGCUCCUACCACCCCUGCCCCAAGGAGCCAGCUCCUACCACCCCCAAGGAGCCAGCUCCUACCACCCCUAAGGAGCCAGCUCCUACCACCCCUAAGGAGCCAGCUCCUACCACCCCUAAGGAGCCAGCUCCCACUACCCCUAAGGAGCCAGCUCCCACUACCCCUAAGGAGCCAGCUCCCACCACCCCUAAGGAGCCAGCUCCUACCACCCCUAAGGGCCUGGAAUCCACCACCCCCAGGGCCAGCUCCACCACCCCUAAAGGGGCCAGCUCCCCUACCCCUGGGGCCAGCUCCCUCACCCCUAAGGAGCCAGCUCCCACUACCCCCUAAGGGCCAGCUCCCACCACCCCCCAAGGGCCAGCUCCUACCACCCCCAAGGAGCCUGAACCCACCACCCCCAAGGAGCCAGUUCCUACCACCCCCAAAGAACCAGCUCCUACCACUCCCAAAGAGCCUGCACCCACCACCACCAAGAAGCCUGAACUCACCACCCCUAAGGAGCCCACAUCUACUACCCCCAAGGAACCUGAACCCACCCUCCCCGAGGAGCCUGAACUCACCCUCCCUGAGGAGCCUGAACCCAACACAACCCAAACUACAACAACAGUAACCCCUAAGACAACAACAGAGACAACAAUCAUACCGGAAGAGACUACUGAACCAAGUACCACCACUCCAAUAACGUCUACAGCUCAAGAUACCACAUCACCCCGAAUGACUACUCUGAAAGCUACAACUCUUGCAGCCAAAGUAACUGCUCCAACAGAGGAGAUUCAGAGCAAACCAGAAGAGACAACUUUAACAACUCCUGCGUCGGACGGUUCUGACGCUCCUAAGACAACCCUAAAACCUCAGAAACCAACCAAAGCGCCCAAGAAGCCCGCCUCUACCAAAAAGCCAACCAAAGCGCCCAAGAAGCCCGCCUCUACCAAAAAGCCAAAGACACCAAAAGGGAGAAAACCAAAAACCACACCAUCUCCUCUUAAGACUUCAACAAUGUCUGAACAGAAUACCACUCCUCUAGAAGUCACGCUGCCAACCACCACCGUCCCUAAACAAACUCCAAACUCUGAAACAGCUGAAGUGAAUCCAGCUCAUGAAGAUGCAGAUGGAGGUGAAGGAGAAAAACCUCUGAUUCCCAGGCCCCCUGUGCUAUCCCCCACUGCUGUUCCAGGAACCGAUCUCUUGGUUGAGAGACUCAAUCCAGGCAUUAACAUCCAUCCCAUGUUUUCAGAUGAGACCAAUAUAUGCAAUGGUAAGCCAGUGGAUGGACUGACCACUCUGCGCAACGGGACGUUAGUUGCAUUUCGAGGUCAUUAUUUCUGGAUGCUGAACCCAUUCAGACCACCAUCUCCAGCACGCAGAAUCACUGAAGUCUGGGGUAUUCCCUCUCCCAUUGACACGGUUUUUACUAGAUGUAACUGUGAAGGAAAAACUUUCUUCUUUAAGGAUUCUCAGUACUGGCGCUUUACCAACGAUGUAAUGGAUGCUGGGUAUCCUAAACUAAUUGUCAAAGGCUUUGGAGGACUAACAGGGAAGAUAGUGGCUGCUCUUUCAAUAGCCAAGUACAAGGACAGACCUGAAUCUGUGUACUUCUUCAAGAGAGGUGGCAACAUCCAGCAGUACACUUACAAACAGGAACCCGUGAGGAAGUGCACAGGGAGGCAGCCUGCCAUCAACUACUCAGUGUACGGGCAGGCAGCACAGGUCAGGAGGCGCCGCUUUGAGCGUGCUGUCGGACCCUUCCAGACACACACCUUCAGGAUCCAUUACUCGGUGCCCAUCAAAGCCUCUUAUCAAGAUAAAGGCUUCCUCCACAAUGAAGUCAAAGUGAGCACACUGUGGAGAGGGUUCCCAAAUGUUGUUACUUCCGCGAUAACACUGCCCAACAUUAGAAAACCUGACGGCUAUGAUUACUACGCCUUUUCCAAAGAUCAAUACUAUAACAUUGAUGUGCCUACUAGAACAGCGAGAGCAAUCACCACGCGCUCAGGGCAGACCCUCUCCAGAGUCUGGUACAACUGUCCUUAACCUGACUGGCAAAGAAGAAUGAAAUGAAAUGAAGAAAACAGUGAUACCUUUUGACAUUGAAAUACAUUUUAUUAAUAAAGAAUGUUGAAAUGAGCAUACCUAUUUAAAUACAAAACACUUCUCAACUUGACAAUUAUAUUAAAACAGAUUCGCCAAUCUUA